UGAUGAUCGAUUCAUCGUACCAUUCGAGAUACCAAAGAUGGUGAACGAUAACAGUGACGACUCGACGAGUUCGGAGGACGAAAUAUCGAAGAACGCGUUAAAGGAAGCGACGGAUCAUCAAUUUUACAAAAAUACUUCUUUGUCUACAUCGAUAUCCAACAAUUCUCAGAAGACAAAUACACACGAUAAUUCUGUACGUACCAAAGAUUCCACAACUCUUAAAUCGUUAAGACAAAAUUUGGAGCGGAAGGAUCAAUUCGAAAACUUUGGAGUGAGUCCAUCGUUUCAGAAUUAUGUUGCUAAGAAACUUGACGAAGCAAUAGAGAAAUCGAUUAAACUAAAGAAUAAAAAGACAAAAAAUGGUCAUUGUACGAAUGACAAGGAAGCUGUAAGCAAUAGCAGCGGUAUAAAGUUGCUCAAUUCUUCUGUGGAUUUUCUAACGGAUAAAGAAGAGGUUGAAGAACCUCAAAAAAAGAGGAAAAUUCAAAUGAUAGAAGAUGAAACGAAUUUAGCAAAAUGUAAAGAAGUUGCUGUAGAUCCUGAAGCAAUCUUAGCGAAGGCAGAUACUAAAGUUUGGAAGUCCAAGCGAAAAGAACCUGAAUUUAAAUAUAAAAAACUAAAGAAUGGUACUUUAGUCGAAGAGACAGUCUCGUAUUUUAGUAACUUAGGUUAAGACUCUCUUACUAUUUUGCUCUAUAAAAGGAAUAUAAAUAAACAAUUUUAUAUGUAAACCACGAC